AUGCUCUCUACCGCCACAAAUUUGUUUGUUACUCCCCCUUGCUUUGGGUCGUAUUGGAGAUCUGACUUGAAACCGCCGCAGCUCUGCCCACCCCAUGAACACAAAGGACCAGCAGACUUCAGCGGCAAACGCGAUGAUGAUGAAGAAGACGAAGAAGAUGCCACGCCUGCUCCCGAUGAAUUCCAUGCGCCCCAUCAGAACCCCCCUCAAAUGAUGGCCGUUCCUCACCCAGGAUUCCAACACGUCAACCACGCCCCCUCUGCCUCUCCUCCAAUCCACAACGGGAUACCUUUCGAUCCACGCCAUGGCACACCACAGCCACAAGGAGCCUCUAGGCCCUCGUCGAGGAAUCAUCUACGUCGUGUCAGCUCAAAUCUUGGGGGUCCGCCUCAUCAUGGGACCCCGCCCCCACCUCCGCCUCCCCCGACCAGCUUUUCAUACAUGCCGAAUCCCUCUGUCUACAAUCCGAAUGUACCUCACAACAUGGGCCAGCAGCCAUCACGACCGCCUCAAUUUGCGCAUUUUGGCCACCAUGCCGCGGGACACCAGCAUCAACCGCCCCACCCUCAGCAUCAGCCCAUGCCGCCGCACUCAAUGCCUCCCCAAUCAAUGGCUCCUCAGCCGAUAAUGCACCACCCACAAGCGCAUCCACAGCACCACCCGCAGCAUCCUCCGCACACUCUCGCACAGCCCCCCACUACUAUGGCCAUGUCACAGCCACCUCACCCGUCUAUACCCCAUGUGGCCCAGCCGUAUCUGCCAGAUCAACAUCAGCAUGCACAGCGUACGGCAUCCCUUCCCGAGACAUCGACAGAUCAAAUGCCAGCAAACCCAAAGCCGGAAAAAGCGCAAUCACCCCCACAUAUAAAACCCCUGGCAACUUCGAAGUCGCGCAGUAUAUUUACGCCUAUUGAUGAUCACGGAUCGGUCCUAGCGCGCAAUUUCUUCGUCGGCUUUGGUGAGAACACGAGCGUCAAGACCGAGCCAGUGCAGGAUGAAGCCGACGAGAAAAAGUCACCUAAAAAACCGUCACCCCCGCAGCGGGCCAAAACCGAAGUCCCUCUUUCCAACUCCAUAUCGGACAUAAAGCCUCCUGCGCGGACCAACAGUGGCCAACUGGGUUCCAAACGGCCUCAACUCAAAGUUCAGAUACCGAGCGAGAACUCAGAGCCGGGAAGUGCGACAGCAGAGUCGUCGUCGUCCGCCGGAAAUAAGGCCGCAACCCCUGCGAAAUUAGAUCCCAGUCAUCCGGGCGUGGUGUUACCGCCGCCAUCUCCAUCUGCAGGUGCCAUCCACAGUGCGGGGGCUCAAGGGCCCCCAAAUCCAUUCGCGAGGCCGCCGCCUCCCUCCACGACGACGGCAUCGGCACAAAACACCACUGCUUAUAAUAACAACCAAAACAUAGAGACGCCGAUUUCUGCAUUGCCUAGCCGAUUUGUUUCCGAUGCGCUCCUUCCGUCACCGUCUAGUUUCUUCCCUGCCGAGUGGGGAUUUGGCCGCUCAGGGCCGGACAGCAAUAUACUCCCAAGCCCUCUCGUGUUUCCAACUCCUCAAGUGCAGAAUGGUCCAGGGUUUGGUAGGGAGGAAGAGCCAGAUAAGAAACGCAAGAGUUCAGACAGCGGCCCUAACGGGGAAGUCAUUGCAAAGAAAGCAAAAACAUAA